AUGUCCUCCUCCGACUUUGUCACCAAAGCCCGCUCUCAAUUCCCCUCUCUCUCCUCAGGCUACAUCUUCGCCGACAACGCCGGCGGCUCCCAAUGCCUCAAAUCCGUCGUAGACCGCAUCUCGGAUUACCUGCUCAACACGAACGUGCAACUCGGCGCGGACUACUCUGUAUCGGUGGAGAGCACCAAACGCGUUGCGCAGGGCAGCGCGACGGCCGCGACGCUGUUUAAUGCGACUAGUCCAAGCGAGAUCGCGCUUGGGAGUAGCUCGACGAUGUUGGCGGAGAACUUGGCGAGGGCGCUGGAGAAGGAUGUUUUGGAUGGGGAGGAGAUCAUUGUUACUGGUGAACAUGAGGCCAAUGCUGGCCCGUGGAAGAAGCUCGCAGCGCGCAAAGGCAUCACGCUCAAGAUCUGGCAACCGCGCCUCACCAAUCCGAACAACCCCUACUCCGUGGCCCUCGACGUCCUCGAUCUGCUCCCCCUGCUCACCUCCAAGACGCGCCUAGUAGCGUUCACAGCAACGUCCAACCUCCUCGGCACAAUCGUGCCCGUCAAAGCCGUCAUCAAAGCUGCGAGGGCCAAAGCUGCUGAGCUGGGCGUGAGGAAGAUCGAGUUCUGUGUGGACUGCGUUGCGUAUGCGCCGCAUCGGAGGAUCGACGUGCAGGACUGGGACGUUGAUUACUGUUUCUUCUCGUUCUACAAGGUGUAUGGUCCCCACAUAUCCGCCCUUUAUGCCCGCGCAUCGUCUCUGAAGACCUCUGUCUCCGCCCUCACGCACCACUUCCUCCAAGUCGACGACGUAUCAUACAAGCUCAUGCCCGGCGGGCCCGGCUACGAGCUCGCAUACAGCGUUACUGCGGUUCUCCCAUACCUACUGUCACUCGCUCCUACUUCCACCACCGACGACUCGAGUGCGCUGGACGCUGCAUGGUCGGCAGUAGCAGAACACGAGCAAGCGCUGCUCGAGCCUCUUCUGGCUUACUUGCGCAGCCAAGAGGGGCGCGGAGUCAAGAUCUUAGGCGAUAGUAUGUCCGGUGCGUCGAGAGUGCCGACGGUCAGCUUCGUCGUGCAGGGCGAGAAGCCGAUGAAGAGUAAAGAUGUCGUGAAAGUGUUCGACCAGAAGGGCGGAGUCGGCAUCCGGUACGGCCACUUCUACGCGUACGGUCUGGCGGAAAGCUUAGAGCCGAAGCUGGAUCUUGACGACGUCGUCGUGCGCAUCUCGUUGGUGCAUUAUAACACUGUCGAGGAGGUUGAGAAGAUCAUCGAGAUCUUGAAGGAGGCUUUGGCAUGA